UUUUAUUUUAGAUCGAAGAAAGACUAUUUAGAGAAAGUCUAUAAAAUAAUAGAGCGGUUAGUAAUAGUUAAACUCUAUUUAAAUCCUAAGAAGUACGAAUUUACUAUUAAAGUUAUAAAAUAUUUCAGUUUUAUAAUUAUUAUAGGUAUAAAUAUUUAA